UUGCUCUGCAGAUCCCUCCCAGUGAGACCUAGACGGCCCGGCCGUCACCUGCCGCGGGGCGCUUGACCGAAAGAUGCGCAUCAUUCUGCCGGAGGCAGACACCAGCUGCAGUUGUGGUUUAGAGACCUGCGAGGUGUGUCAUGGUCGAAAGGUCAUCGGGUCCUUGCUACAUUUGGAGCCGGAGGCACCAUCUGCAGAUGCUGGACAACAGCUCCUUGCCAUGCUUCAACCCAUGCAGACGGAUUGGGCUUGGCAAGGAGAGAUGGACCUCAGCCACUAUGGCUAUACCAUGGGAUAUUCGGACUAUACCUUUGAGCCCUGGAGUGAUGGAGUGAGCGGAGGCAGCUCCCCCAGUCAGUUUGCGGGAGACGAGACCCUGAUUGGACCCGAUGGGGCGGUCUAUGACGUCUUCUACCCAUUGAAAAACGGGCAGGAUGAGAAGGAAGAGACCUCGACGACAUGCAGCGACUGCGCGGGAGGCAGUCCUGUAACCAUGUCACGACAGAGAUCAGCCGAAGCAAGUAUCGCAGGCGUCCUGGAUUUCAUGCGCUCAACCGCCCUGGCGCGCUACCCUGCGCGCGUGCAGCUCUAUGAAAAGGUGUGCAGUGCAGCAAAGAUGUCCUUGGGUGUGCAUUUUGGAAGGAUGGCAUUGAUUGGUAGCACCGCCCUGCGGAUCGACACGCCUGACUCUGACCUGGAUGUGGUCGUUUACACCUGCACAGAUGAUUCGGAGCCUUUGGAUCCUGUGGACGCACUGCAGAAGAUCGCAGAGUGCCUGAAAGAAGAAGAGGCAUUGAAAUUACAGCUGGUGGAUUGUGCUCGCGUGCCCGUGCUAACUGUGUGGUCUGAAGAUGGGCGUCUGUCUUUGGACCUCACAGUUGAUCAACCCUUGGGCGAAUGGCAUGUGCUUUGGUUCCAAAGCCUCUGGCAGUGGGACCCCUUUGCGGCUCUGCCUGAGACGCUUCCGCCACCUAUUGGAGAGGAUAAGGACCACUGGUCCUCUGGACUGGAGGCAACUGCCCUGCGCUGCAUCAAGUGGUGGCUUCGUCGUAGAAACAUCCCCGUCUCCAAGGAGGGUGGAUAUCCAACGGUGGUUUGGACCUUGAUGGUGCUACAUGUUAUGCGUUGCUCAGUCUUUGUGAAUGAGGAGGGCAAGAAGGAGCAGGGCCACCGGGCGCUGUUGAGUGCCAUCGCGGCCUUCUUCGAUCGCUUCGCGGGCUCUGGACUCAUGGGCACCCUGUGCUUCUCGAUGGGCCCUGAUGGAGUCAGUUCUGUCUUUCACCCUUGCGAGGAGGGACAGGCUUUGAUGGAUUACACCUCUGAAACGCCCGGUUUCUCCGUGCUGGACCCCACCACCACCUGUGAUCUCAGUGUUGCGUAUGGCGUGGUGCCAUCGGAGCUGGCUCCGCCGCUGCCGCCGGCCACGCGCCUGCUGCACACCUACGAGUUGCAGCGCGCCCAGCGCUACAGCGCCCUGGCACUGUCCCCAGACGCCAGUGCCGGCAGUGGAAGCGAGGCGUUGGAGGAGUUGUUUACGGAGACUUCCACCGCCUGCAACAGCAUGCCGACGGAGCUGCCAGUGCAGACCACGGCGGUCAUUGUUCUUCGUGAGGGCGAGCUGGCGAUCGGCCUCCUCACAAAGGUCUCGCCCAAACGUGGCUGGACGGCGCCCUUCCUGCACCGCCGCGAUGCGCAAAGCGGCUUGGCCUUGCAACUCUGCGAGGUGCGCGAAGGUGACGGACUCCUGAUGCCAAUCUCCUCCAAACAACAUUGGUUUGUCGCCUCUGAUGUGGUUUGCUUAGCGGCACUGCAGCCGGUGUUUCUGCGAGGUCAGAGCAGAGGGAAGCACCUCCGACGAGAAAAGAAUCGAUGGAAAGUGGACCCCGAAGGCUUGGAGAGGUGGCAACGAAUGCACGCCAUCCUCGCUGGUGAGAAAAAGUGAAUCCGAAAAUCCGAAAAAAGAUAUCGCUGAAAAUGAACCCAAAAAACAAAUAAAGAAAGCGCGAGCAGAAGGCAAAACUUCUGCAUGAACGCCUGCAAAAAAUCUUCCAAACAAUUAAAAAAUGCAAAGCUUCAGGUCAACAACUCCGUGCUUUGGAAUGUCGACUCAACUGUGCC